GUCACAUCUUCAGAUCUUUCCCGCACAUGUAACGAUGGUUGCCUGAACAUCGAUGCAGCAACAUUCAGGAGACUGAUAAGAUAUGCACCCACCUUGAAUGUAUAUUCACAUAUGCGGGGUUAUGAAAGUCUUGCUCAACUUUGUGCAACCCUCGAAGCCAGUCAAUCUUGA